AUGUCUGAUUCCAAGAAAACCAUGAGCUCCGAGACGGACGAGUCGCUUUGCGACAGCCCCCCUCCUUAUGAGCUUCACUCAUCAGGCGCGCUUCUUUCUAGCGCUGCAGCCAUAUCUGCCGAUGGUCAGGUCAACAUCAACUUCCAGUCUGAGUAUCCUGAGAAGCUUGCGGAGGAGCUUCCACCCUUUCCAGAUGACGCUGAUGUCACUGCGCCGAUAUUCAACGAUAAAAGGGUUCCUCCUCUCAAUGUCGUGAUUCAAGUGGUCGGCAGUCGUGGCGAUGUCCAGCCCUUCAUUGCUCUCGGCACAGCUCUUCGCAGAUACGGCCAUCGCGUACGGCUUGCAACCCACGAUACCUUCGCCAAGUUUGUAACGGACUCUGGUCUAGAGUUCUUCCCCAUUGGCGGCGAUCCGGCAGACCUGAUGUCGUACAUGGUCCGCAACCCUGGAUUGAUCCCAUCAAUGGAAUCACUAAAGGGCGGUGACGUCGGACGGAAGCGCGCCAUGAUGAGAGAGAUGCUCCACGGAUGUUGGCGGUCUUGCAUCGAGCCUGACCCCAUCAGCAAGGGGCCAUUUGUCGCAGACGCCAUCAUCGCCAACCCUCCGAGCUUCGCCCACGUUCACUGCGCUCAAGCAUUAGGCAUACCCGUCCAUAUCAUGUUCACCAUGCCAUGGACUGCCACCCGCGCUUUUCCGCACCCACUCGCCAACAUUCAACGUGGCGACAACCUCGAGCCUCAGACAACCAAUUGGCUUUCCUAUGGAGUCGUCGAGUUGAUGACAUGGCAAGGUCUCGGCGACGUGAUCAACUCCUGGAGACGCAAAUACCUCGAGCUCGCACCGAUACCAGCAAGUAUGGGACCGGGCAUCACCACCUUUCUGAAGAUCCCGCACACCUACUGCUGGUCACCUGCCGUUGUAUCCAAACCUGCCGACUGGGGCCCGGAAAUCGAUGUCUGCGGAUUCUUCAUGAGAGACGAGCCUUCGUUCAACCCGCCAUCCGACCUAGACGCCUUCCUCGCAUCAGGUCCCCCUCCCCUCUAUGUAGGAUUCGGCAGCAUUGUAGUGGAUGAUCCCGCCCGACUGACAGACGUCAUCAUCGCAGCAGCAAAAGCUUGCAAUAUUCGCGUGGUCAUCUCUCGGGGAUGGAGCAAGCUAGGCGAGGGGAAGCCCAACACGAACGACGUCUUUUAUUUGGGCGAUUGCCCCCAUGAGUGGCUGUUCAAGCGGGUGUCAGCAGUUGUUCACCAUGGAGGAGCAGGGACAACGGCGUGCGGUCUCAUCAACGCGAGGCCGACCACCAUCGUGCCCUUCUUCGGAGACCAGCCAUUUUGGGGUCGUGUAGUUGCCGGUGCCGGUGCCGGGCCUCUACCAAUUCCUCAGAAGGAACUCAGUGUGGAACGCCUGACUGAGGCAAUCCAGUUUUGUUUAUCCCCAGCGGCGAAUCAGGCUGUGAAGCAAGUAGCCGACAUCAUGCGACGAGAACGAGGUGUGGACACUGCCGUCGAGUCUUUCCAUCGCAACAUACCUGCCGCCAGCCUUCUUUGUGACAUGCUGCCUGAACAGCCCGCCGCCUGGAUGUACGAGGCAAAGAGCAAGUCAGGUCGCAAACACCUCAAGCUCUCAAACCAAGCCGCCACAUAUUUGAUCGACGCGAAGAAGAUCAAGUCUUCCGACUUGAAGCCUCUGCGGACGAAGGAGUACAACACCGACGUCACGCGAUGGGACCCCAUCACCGGCGGAGCUUCCUCCCUCCUCGGCACGGUGACUGAUUUCACCGUCGCGUUAGGCGGCACUUUCAUCGACCCAUGGAAAGAGUAUAAGCGCUCAAGAGCUUCUGGUCACGAGGCUGGACGGGCCAGUGGUUCAGCUGCCUUGGCUGCUGGGAAAGGAUUCGCCUCUAUGACGGGAGCCGUCGCCAAGGGUGGCCUCGUAGACAUGCCACUUGCGCUCACAGAAGGUCUGCACAACGUUCCGAGGCUCCUCGGUGACAAGCCUCGUGACAAUGGCAAGGUCGAAGACUGGAAGAGUGGAGGUGUCGUAGCCGCAAAGACUUUUGGAACAGGCUUCUACGACGGCAUCACCGGUGUCUUCACUGACCCCUACAAAGGUGCAAAGGAGGGAGGGGCUCUCGGCCUGAUGAAGGGUGUCGCCACAGGCUCCCUCGGUCUUUUUACCAAACCAGGCGCCGGGAUGUUCGGGCUGGUGGCAUACCCGGCAAAGGGAAUUCAUAAAUCCCUCAAGUCGAGGACGGGACGCGGGCAUACGGUGUGGCAGGCAAAGUCUGAGCUUCUAGACCGUGACCGGCGGAAGCAGCGCGAGGAUUCCCCCCGCGCCGGGAGCAAGGUCCUGCAGGUGUUCGAUGCCUACUUUGCGCAAUAA